AUGCCUCUGACAGCGGCUGGCAUGAGGACUCUGAUGCGUCAGAUGCAGGAGGUGCAAGAGCAUCCUAUCGACGGUGUACAAGUGCGCCCGUCGGAUUCAAUAAGCGAAUACCAUGUCGACCUUGACGGCCCGGAGGGGACGCCGUUUGCUGCUGGUCGCUUUCAUGUUGUUCUCGUGUUUGACGAGCAGUAUCCAGAAGUGCCGCCGAAGGGCUUCUUCCGCACCAAGAUCUUCCACCCCAACAUCUCCGAGCGUGGCGACAUCUGCGUGAAUGCACUAAAGCGUGACUGGAGCUCGACACUUGGGCUGCGCCACAUCCUUGCCGUCAUCCGCUGCCUGCUGAUUGAGCCGAAUCCGGAGAGCGCAUUAAAUGAGGAGGCUGGCAGGCUGAUCUUGGAGGAGUACGCGA